AAGUAAUGGCAAUCGUAUCUACGCGUAUAACGCAAUGUUACGCGCAGCCUUCUAACUAAAUUCGACUCAGGCGCAGUUGGUGAUCAGUAGUCGCUUCUAAGUGUCGUGUCCAAGCAAAAUGAUAAGGUCGCGUUGGUGUCUAGUAGGCAGUGUGUUGGCGGCGCUGGUGGUGGGCGCGCUGGUGGCGGUGCUGGUGUUGCAGCCAUGGUCCAGCCCUGACCACCCGCGCUACCAACGGGCCGUCGUCGCUGCCAAUGGCAUUGAGUGCGCUGCUAUAGGCCGGAGUAUAUUGGAAAGAAAUGGCACAGCGGUAGAUGCUGCUAUUGCGACAUUAUUCUGUGAGGGCCUAGGUUGCUCGCAAUGUAUGGGUCUCGGCGGGGGCUUCUUGGCAACCGUCUACGACGCAUCUACGGGGAGAGUUCGAGUGCUGAACGCCAGGGAGAGGGCUCCAGCGGCAACGUAUUCAGACAUGUUCGCGAACGCAUCUUCCCAAGUAGGUGGGCGCGCGAUCGCCGUGCCAGGGGAAUUGAAAGGCUACGGCGCACUCUACCGCGAAUACGGCCGAUUGCCCUGGAAGGAGCUGGUCAAGCCGGCGGCAGACCUCGCCCGGAACGGACACCGGGUCAGCGAAUAUAUGGGUCGCGUGCUCAUGACUUACAGCGAUCGGAUUCUCGCCGAACCGUCCUUCAGCGAAGUAUACAUGAACCCAGCAACCGGGAAAGUGUGGAAAGAAGGGGAUAUCAUCCGCGAACCGACCCUGGCGCGUACUCUCGAUAUAAUCGCGGAGGAGGGCCCGGAGGCGAUACACAACGGUUCCCUUACCGCAGCCCUCGUGAGAGAUAUAGAGGCUUUCGGUGGCAUCAUUACAGAAGACGACUUCAGGAAUUACAGAACAGAAUGGCAAGAGCCAAUCAUCGUACGGGUAUCGCCAGAGCACACUCUCUACUCAGUGCCCCUGCCAGGCUCCGGGUCAGUACUGGCCUUUAUCUUGAACAUGCUUCGAGAGUGGGUCGGUACCGGAUCAGACGCCCCAGUCGACAGCAGCCUUUAUUGGCAUCGUAUAGUGGAGACCUUCAAGUUCGCCUACGCGCGCAGAACCGGCCUAGGAGAUCCUAGCCGUACCGAUCUGCCGUUUAGCAUAGCUGAGUUGGAACGCAAUUUGUCUACGCCUGAGUGGGCAGUAGAGCACAGAGCUAAAGUGGACGACACUCGCACAUUUUCGGAUUGGCGAUACUAUGGCGCAAUGUUCGAAGGCGCCGACGACCACGGCACGGCGCACAUUAUUGUUGUCGCUCCCGAUGGUAGUGCCGUAUCUGCUACAAGUACUAUUAACUAUAUUUGGGGCUCACAGCGCCGUUCAAGAAGCACAGGAAUUAUAUUAAACAAUGAAAUGGAUGACUUCGCUAUUCCCAAUCGGCAAUCAGUAUAUGGGAUGCCUCCCUCCCCUGCUAACAUUAUUAGCCCGGGUAAACAACCGCUCAGCUCGAUGGCACCGAGUAUUGUACUACGAAAUAAUGAUACGGUGGACUUGAUACUUGGUGCUGCCGGUGGAACGAAGAUCACGACUCAAGUCGCAUUGCUUACAAUGCAUACGCUUCUGGAAGACAGUGAAUUGCCAGAGGUCAUGACGAGGCCGCGUCUACAUCACCAACUCAUUCCCAUGGAAAUUGAGUAUGAAGAAAAUUUCGACCCAGCAGUGAUUUCUUCUUUACGCGCCCGCGGUCACGUGACCACCAGCCGUGGCCCAACGGCGGGUUUCGCGGCUAUGGUGGCGGCUAUGAGAGAUAGCGGCGACUAUUUCGUACCACAGACUGAUAGCAGACGAAUAGGCAGCGUGGACGGAUUUUAGAAAUAAUUUACCAUAUCAAUGUGACUAGCGCAAGAAAUUAUUAUAUGCAUUUAUUUCCUUAUUAAGGGGGAUCAUUAACUACGUUACUGAAAUCAUCAUAGAUGUGUACUUUACUUUGAUUAUCCCACUUGGUAUGGAAUCAUUAAGUUUGAUUCACUUUCAUUUCUGUCUGUCUGUAAAAUGUGAGAGCGGUAUUCCUCAUUAAACAAAUUGUGACUACCUUCAAGGUUCUCAUAAUGCGAAUUUUGAGCAGUUCCUAUAUGAUGCUGCAUUUCUUUUUAAUAAUAGGAGUUUUAGAGUACAGAUAAAUUAUUGUAAAUGUAUGCAAGUGUACUUAACGACGUUUUGUAUCAACUUCUGUAGUUUAUGCAACAACGAAAAUUGUAUUUUAUAUUUUUAAUUUUGUAUUUUUGAUCAAAAUAAUUGUUAACUGAAUGAAUAUAUUGUGUAAUUAAUUAUGACGUAAUGUAGUCACGUUAGCAUAACUGUGAUGUUAGUUUUGAAUAAAAAUUUGUUGUAAC